AUGCUGAAUAUUAUUAGCGUUCAGAAGAAGUUUCCUCAGCUAACGCAGGAAGAUAUAUUUUCCACGAUCGAACAAUUUAGGGUCAUCGAUGCCGAUGAUAAAGGUUAUGCAGAAAAGACUGAGGUUCUUGAGUCUAUCUCCAAGAACGGGACCGCUAGUUAUGAUGAAGCUCGUGAAGCGCUUAAAAAAGUAAAUGUGGAUGCAUCAGGUAGAGUUGAGAUGGAUGAUUAUGUGGAAUUGAUUGCCAAAUUGAAAGAGAUGAGGUUAGGCUCUAAGCCUGCUUCAUCCCCAGGUUCCAGACAAAUAGCUUCAUCUGGCUCAGCAGGUUUGGCUUCUGCUCAAGGAAACAGGAUUAUAAUGGAGGGCAGGACUAGUGGCACGACACAUACUAUCAAUGAAGAAGAAAGAAGAGAAUUUACUAAGCAUAUUAAUAGUGUGCUAAUAGGUGAUCCUGAUAUCGGUGACAGAUUACCAUUUCCCACGGAUACGUUUCAAGUUUUUGAUGACUGUAGGGAUGGUUUAGUUUUGUCCAAGUUGAUUAAUGAUUCCGUUCCCGACACAAUUGAUACGAGAGUCUUGAACUGGCCCAAAAAUGGAAAACCAUUGAAUAACUUUACAGCAUCUGAGAACGCUAAUAUUGUUAUUAAUUCAGCAAAGGCUAUCGGAUGUGUAGUUGUAAAUGUUCAUUCCGAGGAUAUAAUAGAGGGUAAGGAACAUUUAAUAUUGGGAAUUAUCUGGCAAAUUAUCAGGAGAGGAUUGUUAAGCAAAGUCGAUAUUAAGUUACAUCCAGAGUUGUACCGAUUGUUGGAGGACGACGAGACAUUAGAGCAAUUUUUAAGGUUACCUCCAGAGAAGAUUUUACUCCGUUGGUUCAACUACCAUUUAAAUAAUGCGGGUUGGCAUCGCACGGUUGGAAAUUUCUCAAAUGAUGUAUCCGACGGUGAGAAUUACACUAUCUUGUUGAAUCAGCUAGCCCCUGAUUUGUGCUCAAAAUAUCCAUUGCAAACUGGUGACGCUCUACAAAGAGCGGAGCAAGUCUUAGAAAAUGCCGAAAAAUUAAAUUGUAGAAAGUAUCUGACCCCAAAAUCGUUAGUUGCUGGUAACCCAAAAUUAAAUCUGGCAUUUGUUGCAAAUUUAUUCAAUAAUCACCCAGGAUUAGAACCAAUUAACGAGAACGAAAAACCGGAAAUUGAAGAAUUUGAUGCAGAGGGUGAAAGGGAGGCUCGUGUUUUCACUUUAUGGUUAAACUCCUUGGAUGUCGAUCCACCUGUCGUCUCCUUGUUUGAGGAUCUAAAGGAUGGCUUGGUACUGUUGCAAGCUUAUGAUAAAGUUAUUCCAGGUGCAGUCAAUGCAAAGUUUAUAAAUCAUAAAUCUAGCAAUGUUGCUGAGUUAUCCAGAUUCAAAUCUUUAGAAAACACAAACUACGCUGUGGACCUUGGAAAGUCCAAAGGGUUCUCGUUAGUUGGUAUUGAGGGUUCAGACAUCGUUGACGGCAACAAACUUUUGACCUUGGGAUUGGUUUGGCAGCUAAUGCGUAAAAACAUCAUUAACACUAUGUCAUCUUUAGCGUCUUCUGGCAGGGAUAUGUCUGAUGCACAGAUUCUAAAAUGGGCAAAUGAUCAAAUAACCAAGGGUGGUAAGACUAACACCGUUAGAUCAUUCCAAGAUUCUUCAUUGAGCAAUGCUCACUUUUUAUUGGACGUACUAAACGGGUUGGCGCCAGGAUAUGUUGACUAUGAACUUGUUACUCCAGGUAAGACUGAGGAACAAAGAUACGCCAAUGCAAAGUUGGCUAUUUCGAUUGCAAGAAAGAUAGGUGCACUAAUUUGGUUGGUUCCUGAAGAUAUAAAUGAAGUGCGUUCUAGGUUAAUUUUGACUUUCGUAGCCUCUUUAAUGGCAUUAAAGAAGUAG